AGACUACAAACCCCAGAGAUACUUGCGGCAUCUCGCGCAAACGUCUGUGGUUGAAAGUGGCAAAGGCGUCCGAGCCGGAGGAAGUAGACUUCACUGACCCUUAAGACGACCAAGCGCAACUAUGAACUUGGAGCGGGUGUCCAACGAGGAGAAGUUGAACCUGUGCCGGAAGUACUACCUGGGUGGGUUUGCUUUCCUGCCUUUUCUCUGGUUGGUCAACAUCUUCUGGUUCUUCCGAGAGGCAUUCCUUGUGCCGGCAUACACAGAGCAGAGCCAAAUCAAAGGCUAUGUCUGGCGCUCAGCUGUGGGCUUCCUCUUCUGGGUGAUUGUACUCACCACCUGGAUCACCAUUUUCCAGAUCUACCGGCCCCGUUGGGGUGCCCUUGGGGACUAUCUCUCCUUCACCAUACCCCUGGGUACCCCCUGACAACUUCUGCACAGGCCUGAGACCUGCUCAUUCUCCCAGGAUGGGGUCCUCUACUCUGAGCCUACUCUUAAGCCCCUAAGACUUGUUCCCAUCUAUGUUCUCUGCUCACAUUCCCCAAUAAAUGACCCUAAUUGUCUAUGUUGACUUCCUGGGAUCUUUUGGAUGUUAAAAUAUAAAGUGAUUAUUACUAUUCAGAAGCAUUUAUUGAAUGCUUACUUUGUGCCAGGCUUAGUGCUUCACACAUUAUGUGCAUUUUUUUUUUCACUAAAUACUACUCAUAACCCUCUGAAAUAGGAAAUUUCCGGCUCUAGUAACCUAUUUUACUAAUGCAGAACCAAGAAAGGAAUAAUGCUUCUACUCGGGGCUGCUAUCUCGUACUGGUAGUAUGUGAAUUUGAAAACAUUAUUUUCCCACUUGAUCUCAGUAUUCUCAUCUAUAGUGUUGAUCACAUUGCUACUUCCUAGAAUUGAUCUGGGUCAAGGCAUAUGUGGUAAAUUGAAGCUUCCCAUUUUCUGAAGAUGUCUGCUUUAUUAGAGAAGGAGAGAAGGCUUCUAUGACCAUCCCUACCGUGGUACUCAGUAUGUUCCUUUCAGGCUAUAUUCAUUCCCCUACUACACCUCAUUAAAUCGUUUUAUUUGUUUAUUGCCUAUCUUCCAUCUUCUAAAAUAAAAACCCUAUUAGGGCAAAGA